GUCCAUUUUCUACAAAUUAAAAUUAACAAUUUGCGAACUUGAAUAAACGACAUCGAAUUGACUAUAAUUUUUCGAUGUAAAUUUGAUUUAUCCACAGUUAAGAAUGUGAUACAAUUUAAAUUUGUGUGUGUAAUUUUAAUUUCUGUUACUUCGUUUAAAGCAUUUGUAUAACGUUUUAAGUUCACAAGAAGACUGAAGAUACAAAAAUGGAAGACGAAAGUGAGUAUAAGAAAUUACCAACAGAAGAUAAAUGUGUCCAUAAGCUGUGGAAAGCCAGAGUGGCUGGUUACGAGGAAGCUAAUAAGCUUUUUAAUCAAAUUGAUGAUGAGAAGUCACCUGAGUGGAAUAAAUACUUAGGUCUUAUAAAGAAAUUUGUUACUGACAGUAAUGCUGUUGCACAAGAAAAAGGUCUUGAAGCAGCAUUAGUAUUUGUUGAAAAUUGUGGCUUUGCCGGUAAAACUUCUGGUGAGGUUAUGUCAGGAAUUGUGACUAAAUGUAUUGCUGCACCUAGAACAAAAUCAAAAGAUCUUGCCUUACAGAUAACUUUGAUGUAUGUAGAAAUAGAAAAACAUGAAAGUGUAGAAGAAGAAUUAAUAAAAGGUAUGGAGCAGAAGAAUCCAAAGGUGGUUGCUGCUUGUGUUUCUGCCUUAAAUACUGCCCUCAAACAAUUUGGCAAUAAAGUGAUAGCAAUUAAACCAAUGGUUAAGAAAAUACCAGUGUUGUUAGCUGAUAGAGAUAAAGGUGUGAGAGAUGAAAUGAAGGCAUUGGUUGUGGAAAUGCACAGGUGGAUCGGACCAGCAAUUGAACCCCACAUAGCAUCAUUACAAGCAGUUGUACAACAAGAGCUGAAAGAGGCCUUUUCUGGAACUGGUGGUGGGGCUCAACCCACGAGGUAUCUUCGGUCUCAGCAGCACAGAAUACGGGACACCCCCGCUACUGAUGCACCAGAUGGUGCAGCGGAAGAUGAUGACGCAGAAACCGGUUGUGGUGACUCAGGGGAUAUGGACCCUUACGAUUUAAUGGACCCAGUGGAAAUAAUAUCAAAAUUGCCAAAGGACUUUUAUGAUAAACUGGAAGCGAAGAAAUGGCAGGAGAGAAAGGAAGCGUUGGAUGCCUUGGACAAUCUUUUGAAGAAUGCACCGAAAUUGGAGCCAGGAGAUUAUGCUGAUUUGGUUCGUGCGUUGAAAAAGGUGGUUUCCAAAGAUACCAACGUGAUGAUAGUAGCUCUGGGAACUCGUCUCCUAGGUGCAGUGGCUUUGGGUCUCCGAAAUAAGUUCCAGCCGUACGCAGCGUCCUGUAUUCAAGCUCUGUUAGAAAAGUUCAAAGAGAAGAAACCAAAUGUUGUUGCCGCUUUACGAGAUGCCAUUGAUGCUAUUUAUCCUGCUACAAACCUCGAAGUAAUAAUGGAAGAUAUGAUCGCUGCGUUUGAUAACAAGAACCCAUCUAUCAAAGCAGAAAGCGCUUCAUUCCUGGCUCGAGCGCUGUGUCACACGCAACCAGCCGCUUUCAACAAGAAACUAAUGAAGGCUUAUGUCGCUAGCUUGCUUAAGCUACUGGAAAGUGCUGAUCCUGCAGUCAGAGAUGCCGCCUCAGAUGCAUUAGGUACGGCGACUAAGCUUGUGGGUGAGAAGAACAUAGCUCCACACAUCGGGAAACUAGACAAUUUGAAAGAGCAGAAAAUUAAAGAAUUCGCCGAUAAGGCGGAGAUCAAAGUGAAGGUGGCUGCCCCCAAAAAAGAUGUGAAGUCUAAAACAGCAGUAGCUGGUAAAGGAGAUGCGAAAGCAACCGCCGGAUCAUCACAGCCUAAACCUGUGAAACGACCGCAAUCUGUCAAGAAACCAGUAACGAAGAAAGCGCCAGGCAAAUCACAAAUAACUCCGCCUAGAGAGCAAGAACUCUCUCCUGAAGAGGUAGACGCUAAGGCUGAAAUGUUAUUUGCACCGGAUGUACUAUCUGGCUUAGUAGAUGCCAACUGGAAAACUCGUCUCACAGCUGUCCAAUCCUUCCACUCAACUGUACAAGGCCUUAGUGUACAAGAUACGAACGCACAAGUCCUAUAUCGAAGUCUCAAUAAGAAGCCAGGCCUUAAGGAUACCAAUGUGCUAGUGCUAAAAGCGAGGUUGGAAGCCUGCAAGUAUGUUACAGAAAACUUCCCCAUCUCCACGACAGCCGCAGACGCGAUACUCUUAGAUGUUGUGACUAAACUGGGUGAAGCAUCCUGUUCUUCUAUAUCAGCUGACUGUUUGACCUUGUUAGCUAAUGGCUGUGGUCUCGAACACGUUGUAAAUGAGGGUCUGGGCUUCGCCAUGGACUCGCAGAAGAAUCCUAAAGUGCAGUCAGAGAUGUUCAAUUGGAUGACCAAUGCUAUAAAGGAGUUUGGUUUUACAAUGAACAUAAAAUCUAUAAUAGCCCACAGCAAGAAGGCACUAUCGGCUACCAAUCCCAAUGUAAGGACGUCCACAGUUACCUUCCUCGGAGUUUUGUCCAUGUACGUGGGGCCAUCACUGCUUAAUCACUUCGAUAGUGAGAAACCCGCCACAAAGCAGCUGAUCAGUUUGGAGAUGGACAAAUACGCGAAUAGUUCACCUCCGACGCCCACCAGACAGCUCGGACGAGUCAGUAAGUCCGCAAGCAAAGGGUCAAUGGGUGAUGAUUGGUGUGAGACAUAUGAAGACGCGACGGAAGAUGAACCCCCCGUAGUAGAGGACACACGUGCUAGAAUAGACCUAGCACCGCUCAUCACCGAUACGCUGGUGGCAGAAAUUGCUGAUAAGAAUUGGAAGGUUCGGAACGAAGCCCUGGACAAAUUAAAGGCAAUAAUCACAAAUUCACCACAUAUCAAGCCAAGUUUGGGAGAAUUGCCUGCAGCCCUCAAUGCGAGGUUAUUGGACUCCAAUUCGAAGCUGGCCCAAAGUGCGCUGCAGAUUUGUGAAUUAAUUGCAACAGCUAUGGGUCCGAAAUGCAAACAGCACGUAAGGACUUUGUUCCCAGGGUUCUUUCAAGCUUUCGGUGAUAGCAAGCAAUGGAUUCGUACGUCCGCGAUAUCGUGCGUGGACGUUUGGUGCGGACAAGCCGGGUACGCUGUCGCCUUUGAUGGCGAAAUGAUAUUUGAUGCUUUAAAAACCGGAUCUCCAGUACUCAGAGCCGCCUUGUUCCAGUGGAUGGCAGAUAAGUUGCCUAAUUUACCACCAAAAUCUUUCCCCCGAGAAGAGCUGUCUGUAUGCAUACCAAUAUUAUUCGCGUGUAUAGAAGACCGAGCCGCGGACGUCCGGAAGGCGGCCGCAGAGUGUGUACUACCCUUUAUGUUGCACCUCGGAUACGACGCCAUGCACAAACAAGUAGAUAAACUCAAGCCGGGAUCGAAAUCAGUUGUCCAAGCGGCACUAGAAAAAGCCAGGCCCAACUUGCCAGUACAACCUUUACCAACGAAGGAAAAGGGGAAGAGUGACCCACGGGCAGUGAAAUCCGCUGGCGCUAAGAAAGAAGCUGAGAAGAAAGGGACUCUUACCAAGGCCAAGAGCACGGCAAAGCCAUCGUCGGCAUCAAAUCGUGGGAAGAAAGAGGAAGACGACUGCACACCGCUUUUACCCAAUAAUAAUGCUAAGAACCAGAGGAUUGUUGAUGAUCAGAAGUUAAAAGUAUUGAAAUGGAAUUUCACGACGCCGAGAGAGGAAUUCUUUGACUUAUUGAAGGAUCAAAUGAAUAGUGCGGGAUUAAAUAAGCAACUAAUUGCGAAUAUGUUUCACAACGAUUUCAGGUAUCACUUAAAAGCAAUAGAAUCUCUCUCUGAAGACCUUCACGAAAAUGGAUCAGCGCUUACGGCUAAUCUGGAUUUAGUACUCAAGUGGUUAACACUAAGAUUCUUCGACACUAACCCUUCAGUAAUUCUCAAGGGCUUAGAGUAUAUUAGCCAAGUAUUUCAGUACCUAAUCGAUAGUGAUUACACAAUGGCGGAAUAUGAGGCAAAUUGCUUCAUACCAUAUCUUGUUCUAAAGGUUGGUGACCCUAAGGAUACUGUACGUAAUGGUGUUAAGGCUCUCUUCAGACAGAUUUGCGUCGUUUACUCAGUAACGAAACUGUUUGGCUACUUAAUGGAGGGAUUGAAGUCUAAAAACGCUAGACAAAGAGCCGAGUGCUUGGAAUGCAUAAACCAUUUACUAGAAACAUACGGGUCCACGGUAAUGUCUGGGGCCGGUGGAGGUGCGGCCUUAAGGGAAAUGGCAAGGCUCAUCGGGGACAGAGAUAACGCCGUGCGUUCGGCCGCACUUAACUGCGUCACUACUGCCUAUUUCCUCGAUGGAGAGAAGAUUUAUAAGACUAUUGGACAGAUAUCCGACAAGGAUCUAUCACUUCUGGAAGAGCGAAUAAAACGCGCGGGUAAAACUCGCAGCGCAGAAGCUCGACGGUCAAUGGUGGUACCGCUUUCGGCCUGCGGAAGACCCAUAAUACAACAAGCACCUGAGGCAAUUGAGGAAGAGAUUGCAGUAGAGACAACACCAGGAGAUGACUAUGAAGAUGAAGAACCUGAGGAGCAAGUUCCACCACCAGUCAUACAUCAUGAGGAGCCACGCGCGAUAACUGGGCCGUUUGGGUUAGACCCAGACUUCAUAGCGCGCCUGGACGCGGAAAAGCCGGUUCUACGAAGGCCGGAUAUUCCGGAUAUAGAUCUGAAGUUCCUCGAGGAGCCUGUGAGAAUGGUCACCACUACUUGUGCCCCAAGUUCGGUAGUAGCGAUGUCUCCCAGGCCAGUCACGACACAUACGUUAGUCUCCACACAGCCUUUGGCCACUGCCGUCGACGACUCGCAGAUCGCGAACACCAUACACUCCAUUGCUAGCCCGGACCUAAACGCUGCAUAUAGGGCGUUGUCCCUAAUAUCGUCGGCAUUGGAGUCUGGGCGUGGCGCGGCAUUUGCCGCUCACGAAUCUCGACUCAUAACGGCGAUCAGUACGCAGUUGAGACGUCUACGUACUACGCCCGCGACAGAUAACACGCCCAUCGCCUUUAAAUGCCUGGCAAGGACACUCACAACGUUUUACGAGACAUCCGGGUGCGGCAUGCAAGUGAACGAAGCGGCCCUGCGGUCGGUGAUAAGUGAACUCCUUCUCGUACUGACGGAAGGCACACACGGCGCAGACAGCGAUCGCUUCACACGGAUACUCAACAACCUGUGCGUGUGUGUGUUGGAACACUCGCCGCAUACUGCGUUGCUAUGUGCUCUGGUGUCACUUCUUCAAGAUUCGAUAGCAGAAUCGGACCCCGCCUAUACCCGGUACCAAGAAUUACUUCUCAAAUGCUUCUGGAAGACUCUGAAAAUGAUACCAUCGUGGGAUAUCAAUUCUAUUGAUUGCGACACCGUCUUAUACAAAAUUCAUCUCUUCUACAAAACCUUUCCUAAUAGUUAUUGGAAGAAGAACGCCCAAGUUACCAGUGAUACGCCUUAUAGGACAGUGAAAACUCUAGUACACUCGCUGGUGAAAACAAAGGGAGCGUCCAUAAUGAACCAUCUCACACAAAUACCAGAUAUUCACGAAUCGGAUUUGUAUCCCUAUUUACAUAAAAUAUUGAAGCAACAACAAAUAAAAAUGGAAGACAAAAAGGAGUCGGACGGGAAUGGCCUUCAGGGCCUGGGCGUGAAUGUGGCCAAUAGUGCCCUCACCGCGGGACGACUGCCCAGAUCUGUCCACGAGGAGUUGGGGCUUAUAUUGAAGAGGAUCGGCUCCAAGGACACCAAUAAGGAGGCAUUAUCUCAGCUGUACGAUUUACGAGAACGUCACCCGGAAGUGGAUAUUUGGACAUUUAUGGCCGGCUCAUCCUUCUACUUCCGAAAUUAUGUGGAAAGUGGUUUAGCGGAAGUGGCUGAGCAGCGAAAGAUGCGGACGCACAAAAUUUACAAGCCAGACUUAAAACCUGAGCACAUUGAUGUGACGAACGAAAACGAUGAAAAAUCACCCAACGACUUCUUGGAAAGGCUUCGAGCACUACAGAUGAAAGCUGGCCUGAAAGUCGAGUCUAGUCCGUCAUCUCAGCCUCGUACACCCGUGGGUGACAAUCGGGCGUUCGCCGACUCCAUCAACGAAAAUACGUUACCUCGAACACACAGUAUUGACCCACAGUUGGAGUUACAUUCGACCCAAACAAUGCCACAGAGACACGAAGCUUCCGUAGACGCUCUACGACUUAAAUUGCAACAAAUCAAGAGCUCGUCCAAAAGAUAAGGCUCUCUCACUCGCACAUACGCAUUACGGCAUCUAUUAUCUCACUCAUACGUGACUGCGAUAGCAUGAGCCUCAUAACAGGUAACAUUUGGGAUUGUAUCUGUAUUGCUUAAGAAAUAAAGUAAACUUUACAAUGUGUUCCUGUUGUGAUGCUUAUGGUAUACCCACUAAUUUCGACAUAUUAGGUCGUGUUCGCACUGUCAUUUGGUCCUUUGAUUUGAUCACAAAAACUUGUAUAAUGGUUGUUUUCUACACACAUACCAGUAUGUUCUAAAAUUGUCGGUUGUAUUGUAAUUAAAUCGUUCGUGUAUGAAUCAUAAUCUCGGCAUUAAUCGCGCUUUUAGUUCCUAAUGCUGGUCGUACGUCCGUAGUGUACCCUUAGAAUAAAGUGACAAUAUUAGAAAACGUUUUAUCAGGGUAUUUGAAGUGUAGCUUCAAUACGUUAAAAUCCUCACCAAAUUACAAAUUUAAAUGUAAUUUCCCGGCGUGUUAAGUAUUAAAUAUCUUAUAUAUUAGUAUUCAAUAUCUUAUUUCAUUAUGUUACUAUAUUUUUUCUUACAAUUUGCAACAAAAUUUUAAUGUUUCCAUUGGUGGGGAUACAUUUUUAAUAAUGCGCUGUUAUUUAUGAAUUUUGAUAUGUGUUAACCAGUGUUCUAUAUUAUCUAUGUUCUACAUUAAUCAUCAAAAUUACUUAAUGCUUUAAGUCAUUUUAGCUGUUAUAUAUAUAUAUUACAAUUGUUGAGUGAUUGUGUGACGGUUUUUGUUCUUUACAAUAGAUUUACACGAGUUUUGUAGUGUGUACCCUACUACUACUAUUGUCAUUUAUCAAUUUUAAAUUGUAUUUAGACAUUAAUUUCAUGAUAAUUUCAUGAUCCAUUUUAAUAACCUAUAAACGACGAUUAUAUAUACUAUCACUAAUUAGAGCAUGAUUUUUGUAUGUCAACGUAGUCUUCGUCAUAUUGAAAAUUACGAUUGAUAUAACUUACGACUAGCAGACUGUGUGUAUUGUGUAGCGUAGAUGAAUCUAAAAGAUUCUGUAGUUUGUAGCAAAUUUUAAAUCCAUGACAUACAUACAGUGUGAUAGUAUUAGUUUAUGUUGGACUGUCGAACGAAUAAGACUGGCAAGGUUUCACUUCUCCAGUAUAGAACUACGAAUAAAGCGUACGCACGUAUACGUAUACGCACGGGAGUACGUACCUAUUACAUAUUCCUUGUUCUAGCUUCUAUACUCGGGAUUUGAAACGAAAUUCUGCGAAAUACUCAUUUUAUCAUUUGUAGCAGUCAUCGGGUAGAUUUGUUAGUAAAAUUUAGCUGCGAUGAGGCAUUAUCCAUUUCAUUAUCUACUAAAAUCGAACAUUCCCAAAGUAUUGGCUUAUAGUUCUCGUAAUAAAAAUAUUUUACUAUAUAACAUACAAAUUCUGUAACAUGUCCCCAAUUUUAAAAUAACAAUUUUUCUAGUUAUAACGUAUUUAUGUUUGCCACUAUAUUAUGAGAUAUUUAAAUAUGUAUUUAAUGUUUUCUCACUACUUGUUCUCGUUUUAGGUUACGAUUAUUAUAUUAUUGACUGAGUUUUCCACUGUCAAAUGUUAGUGUUGUAUUCUUUUACGUAUAAAUUAUGGCCUAUAUCUCUCUAUAAUCCCGAUUCAAUUUAGCGAAAAGCAAUUCUAAUCGAGUACCUAAUAAAUAACAUAUAUAGUGAUAUUAGUAAAUUAAUAUUACCAUUAGUAAAAUAUUCCAAAAUGGUAAUUAGACUGUAACCAUAAUUGGAUAUA